AUGCCACCACACCCGUCCAAAGAGGAAAACGACGACGGUGCUCUUCCACUACCACCACCACCACCUCCUCCUCCACCUCCUGAAGAGGACGCGCCGGCGUUGCGCUUCGGUACCGGGUUGAACAACAACAACAACAACAACAACAACAACACGAAUUUUAACAACAACAACAACAACAACAACGAAAAAGAAGAAAACAAAGCGAAAAAAUUGUCCGAAGAUGGUUCUUGGCAGUGCGACUCGUGUUCAAACACAAACUUCGCGUGGAGGAAAACCUGUAAACGAUGCGAUUUACCGAAAUCUCAAAAAGUGAAAGACGAGGAGAAGAAAGCCGCGGCGGGAUGGUUGUUAGACGGCGUGGACGAUCCGACCAACAAUCGAAUUUUCGUCAAAGGAUUCGACCCAGAGACGACGACUUCGGACGAUUUGAGAGAGUUAUUCGGCGGCAUCGGGAUGAUUUCGAGAGUACGUCAACGCACGGGAUUUCCCGAUCAGUGGCCUUGGGCGGUAAAGAUAUACUCAGACGAGUCCACGGGAAAGAACAAAGACGAGUGCACGAUUACCUACGACGAUCCAAUGGCUGCGCAGUCCGCGCCCGGGUUUUACGACGGAUACGACUUCAAAGGGAAGAAGAUUAGCGUUUCCUUAGCGACGAAGAAGAAAAGAGAAGAGGAUGAUUUUAGUAGAGAUAACAACAAUAAUAAUAACAAUAACUACGACGGUGGUAGAGGUCAUAACAGUUAUGGUGCGAGAGGUUCCUAUGGCGGCGGUGGCGGUCGGGGUCGUGGAGGACGAGGCGGCGACGGAUGUCGGAUCUGUGGUCGAUCCGGGCACUUUGCGCGCGAAUGCCCGGAUAAUCGAGGCGGCGGCGGUCGAGGUGGAGGCUAUGGAAAUUACAACAGAGGUGGUGGUGGAGGACAUUAUCGUCGCGACCGGCCGUAUUAA